AAAUGGUACAAUAGAAGUGGCGAUGCAAACGAUGUUGGUGUAGCUGUCAAUUAAUUUUGUUGUUCCAACUUUUCUUUCAGCCCCUCAAAUUCUCCGCCCCCAUAUUCUAUUGCUUUUAUAAAUUGCAUCCCAUUCUUUACUUUCUCAUUCCGUCUUCUUGGAAAUCUCCAAUUUCUUUUGAGCCAUAUAAAGAUCAAAUAUCAAAUGGCCACCAUUUUCCAGGCAUUAGGAGGAGCUGCUGCUGCAGCAGCAGCUUCUUUAACCAACUCCUUUGAUUCAAAGAAAUUACUUUUGCCUUCCUCGCGCAGAUCCCUCGCAGAGAGAAAAGCUAGCAGCUUUUUGGUGGUGAGAUCUGAUGGCAGUUUGAAUCUGAAUCUUGGGAGUUCUAAUGGUAGAGCUCGUACGGUUGAUAAAUUGAUUACAAAUGCAGUUGCAACAAAGGCUGAUACUUCUGCAGCUUCCUCUGCAUCGAAACCUGGGCAUGAACUACUACUUUUUGAGGCCCUUAGAGAAGGUUUGGAAGAGGAAAUGGACAGAGAUCUGCAUGUCUGUGUCAUGGGUGAAGACGUGGGUCAUUAUGGAGGUUCUUACAAGGUUACUAAAGGCCUAGCUGAGAAGUAUGGGGAUCUCAGAGUUCUUGACACCCCUAUUGCUGAGAACUCCUUCACUGGUAUGGGCAUUGGAGCUGCCAUGACUGGCUUGAGGCCAAUUAUUGAGGGUAUGAACAUGGGAUUUCUUCUUCUAGCCUUCAACCAGAUCUCAAACAAUUGUGGCAUGCUCCACUAUACAUCAGGUGGCCAGUUUACUAUACCAGUUGUCAUUCGUGGGCCUGGGGGAGUUGGACGACAACUUGGAGCCGAGCAUUCACAACGCCUCGAGUCAUAUUUUCAAUCAAUCCCUGGAAUCCAAAUGGUUGCAUGUUCAACCCCUUACAAUGCCAAGGGCUUGAUGAAAGCUGCAAUCCGAAGUGAGAACCCGGUCAUACUUUUUGAGCAUGUCUUGCUUUACAACCUCAAGGAGAGAAUCCCAGAUGAAGAAUACAUUUGCAAUCUUGAGGAAGCUGAGAUGGUUAGGCCUGGAGAGCAUGUCACUAUCUUAACCUAUUCCCGGAUGAGAUAUCAUGUGAUGCAGGCCGCCAAAACUUUAGUGAACAAGGGAUAUGAUCCCGAAGUAAUUGAUAUCAGAUCAUUGAAACCAUUUGAUCUUCACAUGAUUGGAAAUUCUGUGAAGAAGACACAUCGUGUUAUGAUUGUGGAGGAAUGCAUGAGAACUGGUGGAAUUGGUGCUAGCUUGACUGCAGCUAUCACUGAAAAUUUCCAUGACUAUUUGGAUGCUCCAAUUGUGUGCUUGUCUUCACAAGAUGUGCCAACUCCUUAUGCAGGGACAUUGGAGGAAUGGACAGUGGUUCAACCUGCCCAGAUUGUGACAGCAGUUGAGCAGCUGUGCCAGAAGUUACAGUAGCAUGAAUAGUCCUUGCUAUUGUAGAAGAGCGGCAGCUAUUCUCUAUUUUUGUUCUCAGCUUUGUUCGAAAUUGUUAUUUAAUACACUUUGUUGAGAUGCCUGCCAAGUUGAGGUUUUUAGUUUGUUCUUUUGGAAGCAAAUACCAUGCCAUUAGUUGCAGCAGGUAGAUAUGUGGAAUUGUUAUCUCUACACCUAGGCUUCUUUAUCAAGAUAAAGUUACGUAACUACAGCCUAAUUUGUUAUGUGUAAUGUUAGAUGUGAUCUCAGUUACAUGUGGGUAUUAAAAGCAAGAGAGUCCCAUUUGGGCUUUUUACUUUUGCA